AUGCAAGUUUCCACAGCAGUUCGAACUUUUGAAGACCACGUGGGACACAAAGGAGUAAGCAAAGAGCAGAUGGAUUUCGAAAUAUGCAACUACUGGAUAAAGGCUCCGAAGGGGAGGAAAAUUGAAGUGACGUUGGUCAGCUACGAUAAUCGUGUUGCUACUGAUGGAUGCUAUUAUGCUGGUAUUGAGAUCAAAACACGAACAGAACAACAAAAGGAUCAGCGAGCAACUGGAUACAGGCUAGUUCAUAAAGAAGAACAGCUGUUGCCCAUGAUAUUAAUUCAGAAUUUGCUCAUCUGCAUAUAA